AUGGCAGGAAGUCGUCGGGCGCAAGCACAAGAGCUGGAUCCUACACAAUACUCCAAGUACGCCAUGAGUGGAUCUCAUGAGCUUAAGACCGAGUCUGAGCCAGUUGAGUUGCUGAAUGGUCCCGACGAAUACACUGCACCAGUCCCGUACCACGUUUCGCAACGAUCACCCGCUGAAAUGACGGAGACGACGAACACUACACAGUUAUCGAAUGUUGAAGCGCAACGGAGAAGAGAGAUGGAAUGGCUGGAGAUGGAGGAAGAGAGAAUACGGAAGCGGCGGGAAUUGCUUGCUGUGCAGGGCGGUGCGAAAGGCUUGUAG